AUGAAGCGCAAUGCGCACGCCGACCGCGAGCGCACCGGGCGAAUGCCCAGCACGCAGACACCGCCGACGAACGCGCGCAGAGCGAGUGGGCAGGCGGGCGAGCAGGCGUGGACGGGCAAUCGGAUGGGCAAGCGAGUGGAUGGGUGGGAGAGCGCGCAGGCGACAGCGCACACAUCAACCGCGAGCGCGAUGGGCGAACACUCACUGGACGCAGGCACGGCUGACAAACGCGUGCACAGAGGCGUGCGAGCGGGCACACAAGCGGGCCACGACACGUACAGCGAGAACGAAGGUGAAUGCUCGGCGAGCAUGCAGGGCAAAGUCUCAACGUAA